AUGGCAGCUACGUCAUCACCAGCGUCAACGACCUUAAUUUCGUCGUUAUCACCAUCCUCAUACGCUGAAUCUCCAUCUUUAGGGGUCAUCACUACUAAUACUACCACCACCACAGAAACGUCAUCACCGACAUCAUCACCAAGCUACUUAGAUAAAUUAAUGCAUAGUUCUCGUUUCAAAAAUCAACAACCACAACAGCAACUACAACCACAACGUCAACAACAUCAAAAACAGCAGCAUUUACACCAAAUAAAAAGUCAGUGUAACGUAAACAACAACAACAACAACGACAGCGCUGAUAAAAAACAACCACACCCAACUUCAACAACAUCAUCACUUUCUCAAACCUUUACUAAUUCAACUGAAUCGCUAACAUCAACCAACUCACCGAGAACAAAGAGCGAAGAUAAUAAAAUUAAUUCAGAUAAAUUUACUAAGUCGAUUCAGAAUGAAAAUAAUAAAACUGAAUCAGAAAAGCCGGCCGGACCACAAAUAACCAUAGAAUCACCAAAGGGUUCCAAAUUUUCUAGUUUAAUUUCUCCACCUAACUUAAGUAGUUCAUUUAACCUAACUAGUUCGAUUAACUUGACCGGGUCAUUUAAUUUCUCGGGGUCAUCUAGGGCCCCUUCACCUUUUAUCUGGAGGCCCGUUAUGCCAGGGUAUACGACGGAAAAGGGCAACGCUAAAUCGGUGAACGAAACGUCGCCAUCAUCAUUAUCAGCAGCAGCAGCAACACCAGCUGAAACAGCAACUACAGCAGCUACACUUAGCUUCAAAAGAGCAAUACCAGCUAUGCAUAUAUCUCUGGCCGUUAUGUGCCUUAUAUGCAAUAUUCUCUGUCCUGGUUUCGGUAAGCUGGAUGCCCCGGGAACAUUUGUCUCGGCUCUCUCUCUCGUCUGCCAUCUAUCGAUAUCACGAUGCAGACCAAAGGUUUCUAGAAACAUCGUCGUCUGCGUGAACGUGCGCGUCGCCUGCCUACAAUUCUUGACCACGCCCUUCCUUCUGAUUGGCUGGAUCUGGAGCCUACUCUGGGGAGCUGCUUUCGUCAUCAUCUCAGAAGAGUACAGCACUUUAAAAAAUGCGAGACAGUACCAACAGCAGCAACAGCAACAACAGCCAACGUCAUCAACAACUCUUUCAACAACAACAACUGUUGUCUUAACCAGCAGUAGCAGCAGCAACAACAACAACAUCAACAGCAACAACAGCAACAACAACAGCAACAACAGCAACAACACAAACAACAACAAUGAGCUGCCAUUGAUAGUAGUCUACCAAUCACCGAUCAUCAUUCAGCCAUCAUCAUUAUCAUCAUCAUCCCAGCAACAACAACAACAGCCAUUCUCACCAUCCUCAUCAUCGUCUUCAUCAUCAACACAAACGAAUCCCAUUGGUCGAGACGAAUUUCAAAUCAACCAAUCAUCAAGCGCUGGCCGGCCGAGACGGACCAAUGGCAGACAAAGAAGACCGAGAAGUAUGAAUACAGAAUCUAGGUCGAUGACCCCAUUAACUCCAUUCCUAUUGGAUGCCGGAAAUCUGGAGCAAUUGGUACAUCGUAGCCACAUUGUACCCAAUCCAGAUAACGAAUUUCUCGACAUUGUAUCCAGAAAGUGA